CUACGGAUAUAGAUUAUCAAAUAGGAGUAUUAAUUAAGGGUGCACUAGAGAAGAGAAGAAGGAAGAGUUUUGUUUGGCGUGUUCGAUCGAUCGAUCGAAUGAGCGUACGUAACAACCCCGUUGUUUACGCAAACCUCUGAUUUUGGUCUUCUAGAUCUGCAAUCUUUCAUUCCAACAACGUUUUCAAAAUUUAUUUCUCUGGUCGGUCGAAUUUAAGCGAAUCAGAGUAGAGUUUAUCCAUCUCAUUUGAACCUGCAAACUUGGAGAGUAGAGUGCGCACCCACGAGGAAAGAUUCGUUUUCUAGUAUGUGAGCAGUAAUGGGGUCUGUCAAUAUAGCACCUUCUUCUUCUGGGGGCGCUCACAUCUCCAUCUCAGGGCUUCAUGCGAAGCACCAACUGGAGCUACAAAAUUUGACACUAACUACACAACCUUUCAAAACAUUGAAAUUCUCCACACUAUCUGUGAUUCAAUACAUAAAGAAAACUACAUUGUAUCUGUUGGCAAAAGGUGGAUGGCUUAUGCUUUUCAGUAUCGCCGUAGGGACUAUUGGCAUUUUGCUCAUGACCCUUGGUUGCCUCCAUGAGAAGCAUCUUGAGGAGUUCCUUGAAUACUUCCGCUUUGGAUUGUGGUGGGUGGCCCUUGGGGUCGCGUCUUCAAUUGGUCUCGGAUCUGGAUUGCACACAUUUGUCCUGUAUCUGGGUCCUCACAUUGCACUGUUUACAAUAAAAGCAAUGCAAUGUGGUCGAGUUGAUUUGAAAAGUGCUCCAUAUGAUACAAUACAGUUGAAAAGAGGUCCUUCUUGGCUUGAUAAAGACUGUUCUCUGUUUGGGCCACCAUUAUUCGAGUCAGUAUAUGGUUCACGGGUUCCCCUCAGCAGCAUUUUACCUCAAGUCCAGGUGGAGGCUGUUUUAUGGGGUUUAGGAACAGCAAUAGGGGAGCUUCCUCCUUACUUUAUCUCCAGGGCAGCACGCAUGUCUGGGAGCAGAAUGGAUGCCAUGGAAGAGUUAGAUAGUGACGAUAAAGGAGUCUUGAAUCGAAUCAAGUGCUGGUUUCUUUCACACUCGCAGCAUUUGAAUUUCUUUACCAUUCUAGUACUUGCUUCGGUGCCAAAUCCUCUAUUUGACCUUGCUGGAAUUAUGUGUGGACAAUUUGGCAUUCCAUUUUGGAAAUUUUUCCUCGCAACCUUGAUUGGAAAGGCAGUGAUUAAAACUCACAUACAGACAGUUUUCAUCAUCUCAGUUUGCAACAAUCAACUUCUUGACUGGAUAGAAAAUGAAUUUAUCUGGGUUCUCAGCCAUAUACCUGGCUUUGCAUCUGUCUUGCCUACAGUAAUUGCAAAACUCCAUGCAAUGAAAGAUAAGUAUCUGAAAGCACCCCAUCCAGUUUCUCCAAAUAUUCAGGGUAAAAAGUGGGAUUUCUCGUUUGCUUCAAUCUGGAAUACUGUUGUGUGGCUCAUGCUCAUGAACUUCUUUGUCAAGAUAGUGAAUGCAACUGCGCAGACGUAUCUGAAGAAACAACAGGAGAGAGAGCUGGCUGCCUUAACCAAAAAGUUCACCACAUCAGAUUCAGACACACAAUGAAAUGCUCAUGUUCUUCUUGUGGUUCCAUUUUUUUAGCUGUUCCACUUGUGAACAGAAAGUUGGAAUUCAAAUUACAGUUAUUUCUCAAGUCCCCAUGGUAAAGCUACUCUCGAAACAGGGCGCACCGGUCACUACAUUAGUGAAUAUACACAACAGGCAACAAAAGUUGCCUUUUUGUUCAACCGUGUACCUUGGGGCAAACAUUGUUUGGAUUUCAAGAUGUUAACCCCAUUUAGCUAAUGCUACAACAAAAAUCCUAUUCUUUUGCAAUAGCAAAGACAAAUGAUUAGUUCCUUUAUUUUUUCUAGCUAGUAAACUACAAACUGUUCUCUCUUAUUUAGCAUCAUUCACUAUCACUAUCAUUAGGCUUUAGU